AUGGAUGCACAGUAUCCUUUCGCCUCCCGGGACGAUAUCUGGCGCGUCUUUGAAGAGCUGAAGGACCUUCAGAUAUCCAAUAUUGCGCAAGGUGAACGAAUCGCUCAGCUAGAGCGCCGUCGAGACGAGGAUGCGCGUCUGAGAAGCCCUUGGGGACCGACGUCGCCUUUUCCGAGCUCGGUGGGCACAUCAGCUCCAGACCCUUCCUUUCAUUCUCCCCCGGACGCUUUCAAGGGUUUUGACCAAGGUCACCACUCCGCCAUGUCUACCUCGGCGGUUGCGUUCGACGUGGACGAGGAGCCUCGGCGGGGAACCUCGCGUGCUAACAGCGUUCGCUUCGACGAGAGCGCCAUUCACGGAUAUGGCCAGGCUAAUCGCAACAGCACUGAACUGCCUCUCCGAACUGGCAGCGGUCUGAGCAGCCAUCCACUCCUUGAGCGGACAUCCUCUCACCAGUCCGACGGUGGCCAUUCGCACCAUUCCGCGCGCACCAACAGCCUGCGUCUAAACACUGGCCGACUGUCCGGGCUCACUUCGCUCGAUUCCCCAAUGAUACCCCCGCCUGGACUUUUCUUGCUUGGCCCUGUGCCUUCUAUCAUUCGCUGCUGGAUAAGUGACGACUUCACUAAUGCCUCUUUGCUUUACGCCGCCGUUUGCUCUGGCUCUUACGUCUCAUACUUGAGCCUUGCGUUGGUUCGCAACCUUGGGUUGGAGGAUAUGAUUACACAUGAUGAUGAUGUCUCGUACAUCAAGCUCCCGGUUUAUCUUCCUGAGGCCCUCAUCCAUCAAGCUUCCUCCGGUACUCCCAUCCACCAAGUCCCUGCUGUGACUGUACGUUUCGUUGUUCGCCAGACUGAAUCCACCGACGACACCAUUCAGAUAAUCAUUGGAAGUGACGUGUUGCGCGCUCACAAUGCUGACAUCUGGUUCUCCCUUGACAAGCUGAUCAUGGUGGAUGAUGACCGCAACCGUGUUUCUGUUCCUCUUGUGCGUCCCGAGAAGGACACCGUAUUCAAAAGCCUAUGCACUUCUCCCGGUUCCUGCAACCAGGAUCAGUUAGGGAGCCACACUAAUGGACGCGCCUCUCCCGGUGUCAUUCGCCCCCCUCCAGGCCUUUCCCAAAUCCCAGCCUCUGUCCCUUUCUCCUCCAGCCUUCCAGAGACUGGGAACGGCGAUGCUCAGAAGCCACGCGUUCAUAGCGACGAGUCCACUCAAACUGGAGUACGCGGAACUGCAGCCAACGCCCAGCCCACCGCAGCCCCCAGGACCGAGAACAUGCCCCCCUGGGCUUCCUGGAGACGUGAGACAAAGAAGGCCACUAAGAUGCCCGAUAAGCGCGAGAUGAAAGUCUUCCGAACUGUCAAAUCCAACAUUCGCACAAACCCUCACACGCCUGGAAGCACUGCAGGCGAAUUUGCCGAAAAGCCACAGUCCCACGGCGCUAACCAGUCUAGCCCCUCUGACAUGGAUGCACUUAACCCAGUUGGCGGUGCUUCGGCGUUUGGAUGGCUCAACCCCGCCCAGCGAGGCCCAACCUAG